AUGGCAUCAAAAGCGGAUAAUAACGCUUCGAGCCAAAAUAUUCAACUCGGGCACGGCCUCGAAGUUCCACCGUUCAGAAGUGUGAACGAAUUUCUGUUGGAAACCGACAGAUAUGAACGUCCAUCAUUCAACGAUUUGAAAAAGUGGAACAAUCGGAUAAUUUCGAAUUUGUUGUACUUCCAAUCGAAUUAUUUUGUCACGUUAGUCGGACUUUUUCUUCUGCAGUCGCUUUGGAACAGCAUGGAUAUUUGCAUCGGAUUAUUCGCUAUUCUUCUGGUUAUAGCUACACUUAUCUUCACAAUUUCCAACGACCCUAACUUGAAUAAGAUUCGCAGUGAUCAUCCGUUGAUAACACUUGGCGCGAUCAUUGUCGUCUUCUACUUUUUCGUUCACGUUAUCAACUCGGUAUUCGUUGUUUUAUUCGCCUUCCUGUUCCCCCUGUUUCUCAUUCUUUUGCACGCAUCAUUCCGUCUUCGUGGUAUUGCUAAUCGUUUGGCCAACAAUAUGGAAAGACAUGGCAUUCGCACAACCGUUAUGGGAAAAAUUCUCGAGAGAACCGGUAUUUCUGUUCAAUUAUAA